AUGUCCAACCAAGACGCUCAUCCAAACAAAUACAGCGAAUUGCGAAGUAACUACAAAUACUAUAUCGAUAUAUUCAAUACGUUAUAUCAGUUGAAAACAGAAAAAGAAGAAGAAUUAAACACGAUUUACAAAAUGAUCAAAACAGAAUUGAUCGAUUCAAAUAAAUAUCCUCCCCAAAAUAUGAUACAAACCAUUUUAAAUCUUGUUCCUUAUAAUAAUCACUAUGCGAAGUCAUAUUUAUUUCUUGCUAAACUCUUAUCAGAUGAAUAUCAUGUCAAAGAGGUCAACAACGUCAUAACUAUUUCAAACUUCCUAUUUUAUAAAGAAUAUGGAAUUAUAUUAGACAAAUCUUCGGAUUUCGGAAAAUAUGAUUUUAAAAAUCUCGAUAUUUAUACAGAGAAUACAAUAUACAGAGUAAUUAUGAAUAAUGACAAAGAAAGAUUCAUCAUAUUCACGGAAAGAGAUGAAUUUGAUGAAAAUCAAAAGCUUGAAAGCAGAUUAUAUCCAUAUUCUAAUAAAGGAUAUUCAUUACUUGAAUUAUGUUGUUACCAUGGAGCUGUUAAUUGUUUCAAGUUAUUAAGAACGAAAUUUAAAUCCGAAAUAACUGAAACAUGUUUAGAACUUUCAUUUUUAGGAAGAAAUCCAGAGAUCAUGAGUGAAUGUUUGAAAUACCAAAAACCAAAUGAAGCAUGCAUGAUAUAUGCAAUUAUUUCACAUAACAUUGAUUUUGUUACAUUCUUGAUGAAUGAAUACAAUAUUGAAAUUGAUCUAUUUGAUUGUGGAGCAUUUCAUAAUCUUGAAUCAUUUUUAGUUCAUUUCGAUCAAACCAAUGAUAUAAACAAAUGCUUUGUUUAUACACCUAUAUUUAAUAUACCAUCCCUUUUCGAAUACUUCCUUUCACACGGCGUAAACAUCAAUGAAAAAAACAAAAAUGGAGAAACAGCCCUCCAUAAUGCAGCUCGGAGUAAUAGUAAAGAAGCUGCCGAAGUUCUCAUUUCACAUGGUGCGAAUAUCAAUGAAAAAAAUAAAUAUGGAGAAACAGCCCUUCAUAAUGCAGCUCGGAGUAAUAGUAAAGAAGCUGCCGAAGUUCUCAUUUCACAUGGUGCGAAUAUCAAUGAAAAAAAUAAAUAUGGAGAAACAGCCCUUCAUAAUGCAGCUCGGAGUAAUAGUAAAGAAGCUGCCGAAGUUCUCAUUUCACAUGGUGCGAAUAUCAAUGAAAAAAAUAAAUAUGGAGAAACAGCCCUUCAUAAUGCAGCAUGGUAUAAUAGUAAAGAAGCUGCCGAAGUUCUCAUUUCACAUGGUGCGAAUAUCAAUGAAAAAACCAAAAAUGGAGAAACAGCCCUUCAUAAUGCAGCAUGGUAUAAUAGUAAAGAAGCUGCCGAAGUUCUCAUUUCACAUGGUGCGAAUAUCAAUGAAAAAAAUAAAUAUGGAGAAACAGCCCUUCAUAAUGCAGCAUGGUAUAAUAGUAAAGAAGCUGCCGAAGUUCUCAUUUCACAUGGUGCGAAUAUCAAUGAAAAAACCAAAAAUGGAGAAACAGCCCUUCAUAAUGCAGCUCGGAGUAAUAGUAAAGAAGCUGCCGAAGUUCUCAUUUCACAUGGUGCGAAUAUCAAUGAAAAAACCAAAAAUGGAGAAACCGCACUUCAUAUUGCAGCUAAUAAAAACAAUACAGAAAUUGCUGAAGUUCUCAUUUCACAUGGUGCGAAUAUCAAUGAAAAAACCAAAAAUGGAGAAACCGCACUUCAUAUUGCAGCUAAUAAAAACAAUACAGAAAUUGCUGAAGUUCUCAUUUCACAUGGUGCGAAUAUCAAUGAAAAAACCAAAAAUGGAGAAACCGCACUUCAUAUUGCAGCUAAUAAAAACAAUACAGAAAUUGCUGAAGUUCUCAUUUCACAUGGUGCGAAUAUCAAUGAAAAAACCAAAAAUGGAGAAACCGCACUUCAUAUUGCAGCUAAUAAAAACAAUACAGAAAUUGCUGAAGUUCUCAUUUCACAUGGUGCGAAUAUCAAUGAAAAAACCAAAAAUGGAGAAACCGCACUUCAUAUUGCAGCUAAUAAAAACAAUACAGAAAUUGCUGAAGUUCUCAUUUCACAUGGUGCGAAUAUCAAUGAAAAAACCAAAAAUGGAGAAACCGCACUUCAUAUUGCAGCUAAUAAAAACAAUACAGAAAUUGCUGAAGUUCUCAUUUCACAUGGUGCGAAUAUCAAUGAAAAAACCAAAAAUGGAAAAACCGCACUUCAUAUUGCAGCUAAUAAAAACAAUACAGAAAUUGCUGAAGUUCUCAUUUCACAUGGUGCAAAUAAUGUUCUUACAUAA